UAUUAUAUUUUUGUUUUAAAUAUUAAUUUUAUUUAAUAUGGACAAAGUUUACAGUGAAAAAGAGUUUAUGAAGCAUAAUGUCGCUCUUCGCAAAGCCAUCAACAAGGAGGAAUCACCAGUCAAGCAGAAACAUGUCAGGUCUGCAAUCAUUGGCACAUAUUCACUGCAAGGGGCUCAGGUUUUCUGGAGCAUCUCUGUGCAAUUGCCCUGCAUGGAUAACAUGAUUGUAGCUUGGAAAUUCUGCUAUGUUUUGCACAUAAUUCUGAGGGAAGGACACCCUUUGUGUUUGAGCCACAACCAUAGGCACAGGGAAUAUCUGGAUAAUAUUGGAAAACUAUGGGGUAACUCGGAGGAUGGUUAUGGGAAAUUGAUAAAACAGUACACGCAUAUCCUUAUGAACAAGCUGGAUUUCCACCGGAAAAAUCCUCGGUUUCCAGGCAACCUGAACGUUACCACGGACGAUUUGUUGUCUAUAUGCGGAAACAAUCCGGAUAUAUGCUUCCAAAUGUCCGUCGAUAUGUUCGAUUACUUGGAUACCAUCCUGGAUCUUCAAAAGACUAUAUUCCUGUAUAAAUCGAGUUCGAUGACGAUGCAAGGACAAUGCCGCCUCGGACCGAUCAUUCCUUGCAUCCACGAUGCCUCGUGCAUUUACGACCAUAACCUGAAGAUCCUCUUCUACCUGCAUUCUUCAAUACCUUACGACGUACUCUCCGGACAUCGGGAUCGCUUCAUUAACCAGUUCAAGCAGCUGAAGCUCUUCUACCAAAACACGAACAUGAUGCAUUACUUCAAGAAUCUGAUCACCGUUCCUCCAUUACCCGAUAAACCGCCCAAUUUCCAAGACAACUUCAACAUUAACGUACCGCGAGUGGUUUACUUUCUGCCAGAAGAGAACUAUCCGACCACCUCCAACCUGAUUGACACCGCGCCUUUAAAUUACCGCCUGGAUAACUUCGAUAUAAUCGAGGAGCAGGAUAAUAUCAUUAAAAAUUUGCACGAGGAUUGCGAUAGAUUAAGGUUCGAAUUUAACGAUUUGUAUAACAAAGGUAGAGAGGAUAAGAAUAAAAUGGAAGAUCACAUAACCAAUUUAGAAACGAAGUUGGCUAUUAAAGAAAGCGAGUUGACCCACGAGAAAGAACUGUACACGCUUUCUCAAGCGCAGGCUACAGAACAUAAAUAGAAGGAGAAAAUGUGAAGACACUUCAAUUCAAACCUAACAUUUAUUAAUCAACUUUGACAGCCUAUAACUGAAGAACUGUGUACAACACAAAUUUGGUAAUAUGAUCAUAAGAAAGACUAUAGUUUUAUGUUUAAUAUACACAAUUAAUGAUCUAAUUGCUAUACGUGGUCAUCAAGAAAUUAAAUAAAAUAUGAAGAUUCUUCAAUUCAAACCCAAAUUUUAUUGCUCAACUUUUACAGUUUAAAAGUGAAGAACGGUGUAUAACACAAAUUAGAUAAUAUGAUCAUUGGAAUGGUUAUAAUUUUAUCUUUUGAGUGCAUCUGCAAUGAUCUAAUUAAUAUGCGUUGUUAAAGAGUAAUUCAAUAUAACGUGAAGACUAUACAUAUUCAAUUUUGACAGCAUAUUAUAUCAAUUCGGUAAUUAACUGUUAUUUAGUGUUUGCUCAUGUUAACAUAUGUUAAAAUGAGUUAUGUUAAUUUUGGAUAUUUUAUGUACAGGAAAUAGCCGUGACAAGGCUUCAAUGAUUCCAAAUAAAGAAUAUUUUAAUUGUGAAACUCAUGUAAACAAUUGUCACGUGCGUCAAACAAUUCAAAUUAUUCAUUCAUUGUUCAACCUCUAAUUACAUUGUCAAAACUGUACACAUUUUUACUCAUUAUUCCUUAAAAUUUGCUACAAAUAACACAAAUUAUUUAAUACUUCAAAAACACGU